AAAGUUUGGGGGCCAGCGGAAGCGGGGCCGUGGCCGGAAGAAAGUGUCGCUCAUUUAGGAGCGUUUGCAGGUCCAGAUGAAGUCACUGAAGAGUGGAAACGAGGAAGGAAGGAGGAUGAUUAGAUCUCAGCUGCGGCCUGCUGGGCUGGGACCAUGCCUCCUGCCGGGGCUGCUGCUGCUCCUGGUGCCCGUCCCCUGGGCCGGGGCUAAGAGGCUACAAGCCCAGCUGGCCUGCCCCGCGGUCUGCCAGCCCACGCGCUGCCCCGCGCUGCCCCGCUGCGCGCUGGGGACCACGCCGGUGUUCGACCUGUGCCGCUGCUGCCGUGUCUGCCCCGCGGCCGAGGGUGAAGUCUGCGGCGGGGCGCGGGGCCGGCCGUGUGCCCCGGGGCUGCAGUGCCUCCAGUCGCCCGGCCCCUGGCUGCCCAGCACCUGCAGCUGCCCGACGCGGGGUGCGGCCGUGUGCGGCAGCGACAGACGCACCUACCCCAGCCUGUGCGCGCUCCGGGCGAACAACCGCGCCGCGCGCCGCCGGGGCGAGGUCCCGGCGGUGCCCGUGCAGUGGGGGGACUGCAGGGAUACAGGGACCAGGAGCGCAGGCCCACUCAGGAGCAAUUACAACUUCAUCGCCCCGGUGGUGGAGAAGGUGGCGCCAUCGGUGGUUCACUUGCAGCUGUGGCGCAGGUUACUUCCCGGCAGCAAGCCUGUUCCUGUGUACAGUGGCUCUGGGUUCGUAGUGUCUGAGGACGGGCUCAUUAUUACCAAUGCCCAUGUUAUCAUGAACCAGCAGGGGAUUGAGGUGGAGCUUCAGAGUGGGGCCCACUAUGAAGCCAUUAUCAAGGAUAUUGACCUUAAAUUGGAUCUUGCGGUGAUUAAGAUUGAACCGAAUGCUGACCUUCCUGUACUGUUGCUGGGAAGAUCAUCUGACCUUCGAGCUGGAGAGUUUGUGGUGGCUUUGGGCAGCCCUUUUUCUCUGCAGAAGACAGCUACUGCAGGAAUUGUCAGCACCACCCAGCGAGGGGGCAAAGAACUGGGGAUAGAGCAUUCAGAUAUGGACUACAUCCAGACUGAUGCCAUAGUAAACCAAGGGAAUUCUGGUGGUCCUCUGGUGAACUUGGAUGGUGAUGUGAUUGGCGUCAAUACAUUGAGGAUGACUGAUGGAAUCUCCUUUGCAGUUCCUUCAGAUCGAGUUAGGGAGUUCUUGGCAGAAUACCAUGAGCGCCAGUUGAGAGGAAAAGCGUUUUCACAGAAGAAAUAUCUGGGUCUGCAAAUGCUGCCCCUCACUAUGCCCCUUAUUCAAGAAAUGAAAAUGCGUGAUCCAGCUUUCCCCAAUGUGAGUUCUGGGGUUUAUGUAUGUAAAGUGAUCGAAGGAACAUCUGCUGAAAGCUCUGGAUUGAGAGGCCACGAUGUAAUUGUCAACAUAAAUGGGAAACCUGUUACUACCACAACCGAUGUUGUUGAAGCUCUUGACAGUGAUUCCCUUUCCAUGGUUGUUCUCCGGGGAAGAAGUACCUUGUUCCUGACAGUCACACCUGAAAUAAUCAAUUAAAGACCUUGCUUUAAAGUGGGAUUAUCU